ACAAGACUUCCCUCUCACGCUCGCAGCCAUGGCUGUAGGACACAUGUCCAAGCCCCUGCUACAACGAAGAAGCAAAGGUGGUACCGAGACCACGCGUAAACACAGAUUCAAGGGCUUUUCGUACCGGAUACAAAAUCUCAAGAUCGAGCCCAUUCGCCGCGAUCGCCGCCACGACUUCGACGACACAGGCGCCUCUCACUUCCAGACAGCCCUCGCAAAAUGGAGAGAUAGUAAUUUAUCCAGCAACUAUGUCGCAUUCGCGGCUCAAAUCGACCCCUACUGCGAAACCCUCCCCCAAAUUCUCCACAAUCAAAGCCAAAUUGUAGAAUUGCUUGUAGAAUAUAUUGGAAAAUUGGAUGUGCUCUCCCUGCAGCCUUUACUCGAUCUGGUCGCACAAUUGGCGCAUGAUCUGGGUGCUAGGUUCGAAGACCAUUUUGAAAAGCUCUUGAUCGCCGUUACCUCGGUCGCCGCCCGUCACGAAGACGUGGAAGCCAUUGAGUGGAGUUUUAACUGCCUUGCUUGGCUGUUCAAAUACCUCUCCAAGUUGUUAGUCCCAAAUCUCACACCCCUAUACGAUUGGUUGGCACCAUUGCUCGGAAAGCAACAUCAAAAACACUACGUGCCUACAUUUGCCGCUGAAGCGCUGAGUUUCUUGCUACGCAAAGCUAGUCAACGGUCGAACAAGGAGUCGCUCCACAACAUCAUUCGCCACAUAUUGACAGACGUGAACACAUACCAGAGGGGAUCGCUCUCUGCUACACGUUACCAGCAUGGUGUCAUGACCCUGUUCGCCGAAUCCAUAAAGGGUGUUCAGUAUGGGAUUCAUUCUGGCGCAGAAAACAUACUUCAGGAGCUCAUCCAAGAAACCUUACAAGUCACUCAGUCAGAUUUACUCGAAGAUACCUCACCUGCACAGACGGUACUAUGCGGGACCAUUGUCAACGUCAUUCACGCAACGACAGUAGAUACUUUUGCGCCACUCCUAAAAGUCAUCGUAGGCUCAUUAGAACCUGGGCCUCAGGCAUCGGAGAAAGUUUUGAAUUUAUGUACACAACUCAUCCUUGUUGUUUGUGGCGUGCGAAAAGGGUCGAGGGUUUCUGAUUGGGCUGCUUUGGCAAACCGCGUGGAUGCUUUACGUGAGCAUGUUGAGCAAGCCUGCAAAAGUCAAUCCUUUUCACCGAAAAUCCUCUAUGAUAUCCUAUCGUGCCUAGCUGUGGUGCUACAUGGGUGUUCAUUGGAUAUCGCUCUGCCUUAUGUCCACCGCCUCGGUUUCUUGACGUCGGGACAAUGGUUGAACCACUUUCUUCCAUUCUGCAUCUUGUUGUCGAACUUGAACCACGAGCGUUUCACUUUCCUGGCACUUCCCCAUCUUCAAAAAUUCAUUGUACACAAUUGGAAAGAGCAGGGUGACCAAAUCUGCUUGGUGGUCCCGCGAUUAGCCAACAGCGAGGUACUCUCGAAAUCUCUCCAAUGCCCAUCCGAGUGGCAAUCUGCCAUAUGCGACUUAUCUAAUACGAUUGGCACGAAAAAAGCGAUACCGAAGGACAGUAUAUGGAAGUUGAAUAGUCGUUUGAUCCUGGCCGAACAGCUGCCGUUCCAAGCUGAACAGAAACAAGUUUUAGCACAGAGAUUGAUGGAUUGCGUGGCUUCCACCUUCAACGAUAUUUCCAUCAGUGACGGUAUAAGUCAGCGAUUCUACCUUGGAAAGGCUUUCGAAUUCGCGACUACGCAAAGUCCUGGUGCAUCUGAUGGUUUGCAUUGGAAUCAAAUCGAGCAAGCCUCCUCUCAGCUUACCGGACUCACUACUUUCUGGACUGCGGUUCGGGCUCACAUACAACAGCAUCAUAUAUCUUUCGGUGAAGUUCAAUUCCACUCGACUCUGCUGAGCAAUCUACGCAAGUGUCUUUCAAGUCCAUCGCAUAAGCUUCGGCUGACUGCGCUCGAGAUACUUAAAACUGUUGUUGAUGGCAAAUCUGAAUGUAUGGAUCAUGCUAUUGCUAUAGAAACUUGCCCCUUGGAUCUUGAGAAUGCGCGAAAUAUCGCAUUACGAAUUAGGAAUUUGGCAACAGCGUACCGAAAACCCACUACCGAUGCAUGGACCUCAAAAUCAAUCCCUUCGUACUUAUUUGGUAUUCUCCAUUUCCGACUGUCUCAAGCUUGGGAUGAUUCCGUCAACGCCAUCAAAGAGAUCAGUACUACAAAGGAUGGCGAAGAUGCCAUAUCCAUAUUGGCCUUCGAAUGGCUGAAUCCUCCAGUUCCUAAAAUCACUACGAGUCCCGAGAUUUCAUAUCUGGAUGAAGACGUGACAAGCACAAAAGCAACUAAUCUCUUUGAAUGUUUCAAUCACUUACAGCUUCAACAAAGGAUACAAAAUUAUCACUAUACUACUGCAAAUCCUGACCGAGAACUCUCUCUCCUGUUCGAAACAUCCAACGUCGUUUCAGAUCUUCAAAACCAGUUCUGCAGGACCCAAGCACUCAAAGUCUUGAAUGGCAUACCCGAGUUUGCGGAGAAACGCAAUAGGUCGUUAGUCCCAGUCCUAUUAGACUGGGCAGGCCGUUCCGACAAUAAUGAUAGUGUGACACAGUCCAAGUGUAGCAAUGACGUUGUUACACUGAAGUGGGAUCGGAGGGACCAGAAAUCACUGUUGUCGCUGUUUGCUCAAUUCAACAAUCCAAGGGUCCUAUACGAGUCCGAUAAAGUACGUGUAGCCUUAUUGUCCUUAUUGACCAAUGCCGAUGUUGAGAUUCAAAAACCUGCUUUGAGGGCAUUACUGGCAUGGAAAGAGCCUCAAAUCCUACGAUAUGAGGAAGACCUGUUCAAACUACUGGACGACAUGACCUUUCGGGACCAACUGUCCAUUUUUUUGGGUGUGGAGGAAGGUGAUAAAGCCAUCCGAACAGACGACCACGAUCGUGUUAUGCCUAUUAUCCUACGCAUACUUUAUGGCAAACUUGUUCUCCGCGAAGGCUCCGCUAGUGGAAAACAAGGGCAAAAGGCGCGACGUAAAGCAGUGUUUACCUUACUGUCUCGUACUAUCGAUGUUUCGUCUGGCCGUAACGAUUUCUCGGAAUUCCUUACUCUCGCAUUGGGCAAACUCGAUGGGAUCUGCAUCAUCGAUGGCGAUGGACUGAAGAGGGGCAAUUAUGACAAGCUAAGACAAAUCGCGGAGCCUAGAAAGUUGUACGGUCUUCUCAACAUGUUUGAAGAUAUGCUUGAUACCCUGCGAACUAAGAUCAAUCCAUUUCUAUCACGCAUCGCCGACCCCUUGUUAUUUUGCUUUCUCCUUGCCUCUCAGAGCAUACCUGAGGCUACAAGUCCUGGACGACCAGAUCAGACAGACACAUCCGAAGUGUCAAAUUCGAAUGAGGGACUUUUGAGAUCCAUGAGACAGGCUGCCCAACGCUGCCUCAAUCUUAUGUUCUCAAAUGGCGAAGAGUUUGCUUGGGCACCUUAUGCUACAGUCAUUAAUGAGGAAAUAGUGCUUCCCAGAUUGGAUAGGCUGCCAGUCGAGAACGCACACUCAAUAUCUGGUAUGCUCAGAUUGUUUUCGACCUGGUCGUCGUCGCCGUCUCUCGCAACCUUCUUAGCUUAUCCUCCAACCGGUGUGACGAUACUUGGACAGGUCGGCGGGUGUUUGAUUGAGCCAUCAGCCCAGACAGAAGUGAAGCUGUUCAUUGUCAACGAGAUUAUUAGACCACUGUUGGCGACCGCUACCAUCAAGGACGAGCACAGCACUGAGAAUCAAAAGGUUCGGAAAGACGUCAGAGUUCGUGUUCUUGGUCCCCAGAUCAGCACCCUUCUGCUCUGUCUGGCUGAGGUCAUCCGUUGUAGCCCCAAGAAGGACAUGCUUGAUGCUACAAUAUUAUGCGUUGCCGAGUUGGCACCAUUUGUUAGCAGUAGUGAUGAUGCAGUCAAAAUGAUCAGGAUCUCAGCUGCUCUGCUUAAAGAACCGGCAAGAAAAGUCAGUCCUAAGACGAAGCAUAAUUUGCUCCUCACACUUCACAGUCUCGUACCUUUGUGCGACUCCCAGUCUCAGUAUGCCGAGGACGGAUUGUAUGACGUUAUUUGCUCAUUGUUCGAAUACUUCCGGGAUCGAGACAAUAGAAUUCUUCUAUCGACAGUCUUGGAGCAAAUCACUGUCGGUACAGAUAUUCAUGGUGUUGCUUUGCUUUGCCAGGAUCUCAACUCUUUCGAUCCAAACAGAUUGGACGAGCCUGACUUCGAAAGACGCUCUGCGGCCUUUCGCAGCAUUAGUGAACCAAGCUUUGUUUCGUCUUCUAGCUUGCGGCAGUGGCAACCGGUCGUUUACAAUGCCCUGUUCCAUAUUAAUGACGUUGAAAAUCUUUCCGUACGCCUCGAUGCUUCAUCUACGCUACGACGCUUUGUUGAGGCUAAGAGCAACAAAUCUGGACCAGAGGAGAUUCAAUUUCAAAAUUUCAUCCACCAAGCUGUUUUACCCAGCCUUCAAAAGGGCAUCAAACAAGCCCCCGAGCUCGUCAGGUGUGAGCAUUUGUCAGUGUUAGCGCACGUAGUCUCUAAUUUUCCUGAAUGGUCCCUCACAAACGAUAUGUAUGGUCUCCUUGCCGGGAAUGAUAGCGAGGCGUCCUUCUUCAACAAUGUGUUGCACAUCCAGCAGCAUCGUCGCCUGCGAGCUUUGCGACGGUUGUCAUGUGAAGCAAACAAGCUUUCGAGCGCAAGUAUCAGCAAGAUUUUCUUACCCUUACUAGACCACUUUGUGUUUGAUCCCGUAGAGGAUGAAACAGCCCAUAAUUUAGCACUGGAAGCGACAAACACAAUGACAGCGCUGGUUCAAGGUCUCGAAUGGCCUCAGUAUCGCGCUGUCUUUACCCGCUACGUCGAUAGCCUAGUGAGCAAGCCCGGACUCGAGAAACCGAUCAUUAAGCUCAUUGGGGCCGUCACAGAUGGCCUUACUCAAGCAUUUGUGUCGGCGAAACGAUCUACGGAUGGUGAGGCCGCCCAACCCAGGGCAGACGAUCCUCAACAGCCGCAGCCUAUGGAAGUGGACUCAGUUCCAGCAAAGUUAGCAGAGACGUUGCCGAAACGCGAGGUUGUAUCUCGAGAUCUCACCAGCGGACCUAUCUCAAAGCUUACUCAGUAUAUACACAACAAAGACGAGACAGAUAUCAACCUACGAAUCCCUGUCGCUGUCGCCGUGGUCAAACUCCUGAAGGUACUUCCGACAGAAGAAUUCUAUGGACGACUACCUGCAGUCUUGUUAGACAUAUGUCAAAUCUUGCGAAGUAAAUCGCAAGAUGCAAGAGACAUGACACGAAAAACAUUAGCCGAGAUCGCUUCCCUGAUCGGCCCUCAUUGCUUUAGCUUCUUGUUGAAAGAGAUGCGUACCGCACUCCCGCGAGGCUAUCAGCUCCACGUAUUGUCAUUUACCAUGCACUCGAUCCUUGUGGCCAUGACCGACAAGCUGAUCCCUGGCGAUCUCGAUUACUGCCUACCACAAAUCGUUGAUGUCAUCAUGGAUGGCAUAUUUGGUGUGACUGGACAAGAAAAGGACGCUGAGGACUACAUUAGCAAGAUGAAAGAAGUCAAAAGCCAAAAGAAUUUCGACUCGAUGGAGCUUCUAGCCAAAACGACAAGCUUGGCUCAUUUGAUCGAUCUGAUCCGACCUAUACAGAGCCUCUUACUCGAGAAACUAGAUUUUCAGAUGUCCCGAAAGAUCGAUGAUCUUCUACGCCGGGUCGAAACGGGCCUCGCGCAAAAUGAAGUCUCCAAGCAGCAAGGUAUCCUUCAGUUUUGCUACGAUGUCAUCCAAGAAGCUGCAAGCUCGGAGGAUAAGCAAGGCAAGGGCAUCAAGGAGAAAGAUCAUAAAACGAAGAGGUAUCUGAUUAGCAUGAAAGGCGCCCGGCACAACCACAACAAAGGCGCCAUUACAUCGCAGAUGCACAAACUCGCGCGGUUCAGUCUAGAACUCCUGCGUCUAAUCAUGAAACGAUACGAUCAUCUGCAUACACCAGCUAAUUUGGCCGGCUUUCUUCCCAUCAUCGGAGACUCACUUCUCUCUGGACACGAGGAGGUUCAGCUUGCCGCAAUAAAGCUGCUUACCAGGAUUAUACGAGUUCCUCUAAAUCAAAUCGACGAGAACGGACCGGUCUAUGUUUCUACUGCCUACAGUAUCGUCAGGUCGGCACCCAACAUGAGUACUGAGCUAGCUCAAGCUGCAAUGAAACUUAUAUCCGCAAUAAUUCGCGAUCGUGAAGCCCUUGCUGUGAAGCAGGUCAAAGAAACUCAGCUAGCCUAUCUUCUCAACCGUCUGAAGCCUGAUUUACGACAACCAGAUCGACAAGGUGUAGCGUUCAACUUUAUCAGAGCUAUUCUCGGACGUAAGAUUGUCAUUACCGAAAUCUACGAUAUCAUGGAUACCGAGGUGUCGAAUAUAAUGAUUACGAACCAGACUGGAGCCAUUCGAGAUCAUGCUCGUGGAGUCUUCGUACAAUUUUUUACAAACUACCCGCAGUCGAAAGAUCGAUUCAAGAAACAGAUAGGCAGACUGAUCAAAAACUUGAGCUACGAACAUCCAGAGGGUCGACGCUCAGUAAUGGAAGUGCUGAAUGAUAUUCUGACGAACAAGAACAUCAACAGCGAGCUGCUGAGCGAGGUUCUCAUGUCUUGCUUCCUCGGUUUGACAAUGACAAUCGCCAACGAUACAUCAGGGGACUGCAAAGAGAUGGCCAAGGUACUGAUCAAACGCGUCUUUGAGAAAGCCGAUGAGAGUACAAGCAAAGACAUCGUCUCGCAAUUGAAGCUCUACAUCGACAGUGAGAAGCCUCCUGUUCGUAGCCUCGGUGUGCAACUGUAUAGCCUCUUCAUCGAGACAAAUGAGAAUAACAACGACGAAGUAGCAUACUUCUUGGACCGCCUCGAGAAAAAUGUCACACUUGGUCUUGAAGAUCCCCAGGAUGGCAACUGGGAAAUGGUCUUCCGCUCCCUGCGCGCCCUCAGCCAAAUUUCGCAAGCCGUUCCGGUCCGCGUGUUCUCGUCCAAGAACUCCAGCCUUUGGUCUACUGUGAUUUCGUCCCUAACAUACCCUCAUACCUGGGUGAAAGAAUCUUCUGCACAAGCCCUGCAACAUCUUCUCUCAGACUUCGCGCGUGCAAACAAGGAAUCGAGCCUUGCACCCGUCCCAUUACACGGCAGCAACGGCCUGGUUCUCGAUGGAGACUCGAUGGUUCGAAUCGCCAAGGGCAGUCUAAAGGUACUACGUACUCAAGAGCCCCGUGAUGAGCUCGCUCUAUCAUCCAUUCGCAACCUUUUGUUCCUAGGCAAAGCAUUCGCUGCGAACGAGCUGCGGUGGCCGGCGUCACUUAGCGACGCAGUUGGCGAAGAUAACGAACAAGACGCAAGCGAGAGCGAAAAAGAGACAGAACAGCCCACCGCUAUCAUCCACCUCAUGAACUCCCUAUCAAUAAUCCUGCGUCGCCCUCUGCCUGCCGGCACACCUGCGCGCCCACCAUCCUUGAUUGCAAAGACCCACGCCCUCACGCUCACCGCCUCUCUCGCGACCCAUCUGCCCCUUGACACCCUCGCCCCGAGCCUCCCAUCCCUUCUACGCCCUCUUCUCGUCCUCACAUCACCCUCAACAACACAUCCGAGCUAUCCACACCAAGACGCAUGGACGACUAGCUACAAAAAACUCCUUGAGGGCGCAGGCGAACUACUCGUGAUCCUGCGUGAGAAGGUGGGCGAUAUAAAUUAUGCGACUCUAAUGAGGCGUGUGGAGAAGGAUAUUAGGGACGAGCGAGAGAAGAGAGGUGUGAAGAGGCGCUUAGACAGAGUAAGGGAGCCGGAGGUUGAGGAAGCGAGAAAGAGGAAGAAACGGGAAAAACAGAAAGUUGUGAAGAGGGAGAAGGGGCAGUUUCGGAGGAAGAGGAAUGGGCGGGAGUAGGAGGAUCUGUGGACCUGUUACAGAAGACUUUUCUAGUACGAGCGGGUGUAUCUGUGUGAGUUUCGCCAUUGGCCAUAGUUAUAUGUGUCCGGUAGUGCAUUUGUGGGCGUUCUAGGAUCACGGCAGGUGGAAAAGUACAACACUGCUUAGCAGGUAUAGACGUGCUUCUUCGUGUCGGGUAUGAAAGUAGGGUUAUGUUGUUGCUGAGAUCUUCACACCGUGAUGUUAACCUAGUCAAUACCGUAUCUAUACAGCAAGGGAACCGUAGUGAAGUCCUGAUACUAUACUACAACUGUAACGAGACCGUGUAGAACGAGAAGGC